AUGGAGCGCUCCCUGCACCGUGUCUCCCUCGGGAGCCGGCGCGCCCAGCCGGGCUUGUCCUUCUAUCUCACCACCUUUGGUCAGCUAAAGCUGUCCAUUGAUGCCCAGGACCGGGUUCUGCUGCUCCACGUUAUAGAAGGCAAAGGCCUGAUGAGCAAGGCACCUGGCGUCUGUGAUUCCUACGUGAAGAUUUCUUUGAUCCCUGAGGAUAAUCGACUAUGCUGCCAGAAGACACAGACUGUUCCGGACUGCAGAGAUCCCGUCUUCCAUGAGCACUUCUUCUUUCCUGUCCAAGAGGAAGACGAACAGAAGCGCCUCCUGGUCACUGUGUGGAACAGGGCAGGUGACUCCAGACAAAGUGGACUUAUCGGCUGCAUGAGCUUCGGGGUGAAGUCCCUCCUGACUCCGGAUAAGGAGAUCAGUGGCUGGUACUACCUGCUGGGGGAGGCCCUGGGCCGGACCAAACACCUGAAGGUGGCCAGGCGGAGACUGCGGCCCCUGAGAGAACCGUUGUUGAGCAUGCCGGGAGGUGAGGAUGCUGAGAAUGGGGAGAAACUCAAGAUCACCAUCCCGCGGGGGAAGGACGGCUUUGGCUUCACCAUCUGCUGCGACUCUCCGGUCCGAGUCCAGGCCGUGGAUUCCGGGGGCCCGGCUGAGCAGGCAGGGCUGCAGCAGCUGGACACAGUACUGCGGCUGAACGAGAGGCCCGUGGAGCACUGGAAAUGCGUGGAGCUGGCUCACGAGAUCCGGAGCUGCCCCAGCGAGAUCGUCCUGCUUGUAUGGCGCAUGGUCCCCCAGGUCAAGCCAGGGCCAGAUGGAGGGGUCCUGCGACGGGCCUCCUGCAAGUCGACCCUCGACCUCCUGUCACCCCCCAAUAAGCGGGAGAAGAACUGCACCCACGGGGCCCAGGCCCGGCCGGAGCAGCGCCACAGCUGCCACCUGGUGUGUGACAGCUCCGAUGGGCUGCUGCUCGGCGGCUGGGAGCGCUACACCGAGCUGACCAAGCGUGGGAGCCAGCACACCCUGCCCGCGCUGUCCCGCGCCACGGCCCCCACUGACCCCAACUACAUCAUCCUGGCCCCACUGAACCCUGGGAGCCAGCUGCUGCGGCCUGUUUACCAGGAGGACGCCAUCCCCGAAGAAUCAGGGAGUCCCAGUAAAGGGAAGUCUUACACGGGCCUGGGGAAGAAGUGUCGGCUGAUGAAGACAGUGCAGACCAUGAAGGGCCACGGGAACUACCAGAACUGCCCCGUCAUGAGGCCGCACACCCCGCACUCAAGCUAUGGCACCUACGUCACCCUGGCCCCCAAGGUCCUGGUGUUCCCCGUCUUUGUCCAGCCUUUAGAUCUCUGCAACCCCGCCCGGACCCUCCUGUUGUCGGAGGAGCUGCUGCUGUACGAGGGGCGAAACAAGGCUGCCGAGGUGACGCUGUUUGCCUACUCAGACCUGCUGCUCUUCACCAAGGAGGAUGAGCCGGGCCGCUGCAACGUCUUAAGGAACCCCCUCUACCUCCAGAGCGUGAAGCUGCAGGAAGGUUCUUCAGAAGACCUGAAAUUCUGUGUGCUGUAUCUCGCGGAGAAGGCAGAGUGCUUAUUCACUUUGGAAGCGCACUCGCAGGAGCAGAAGAAGAGAGUGUGCUGGUGCCUGUCGGAGAACAUCGCGAAGCAGCAACAGCUGGUGACUCCGUCCCCCGACAGCAAGCAGGUAUCGCUCCCCUGGGGAACUUGGACCCCAGCGCCUUCAGGGAGAGACACGUGUCUUGCCACCGUUGAGCUUCAGCACCCCGCACAGGCCCUGGCACGUGGCUGGCGCUGGAUGUUUGAGGGAUCAGAGGCGGAUGAGAAGAAGGAAAUGCCAGGGGAGGAAGGGAAGGGGCCGGAUGCCAAGGACCCCUCACCCAGCAAGGACCUGUCUCCUGGCCAGGAGCCUCUUUCCGGACAAGAGCUUCCACCCAAAGAGGACUCCUCUUCUGGCCAGAAACAUUCUGCUGGCCCAGAAUCAACGCCCAGCAAAGACUCAUCUUCUUGCAAAGAACCUCCUGUGCGCCAGGAAUGCUCGCCCAGCAAGGACUCCCCACCAGGCCAGGAACACCCUGCAGCCGCAGUCUUCUCUCCGUGCCAGGACCUUCCUGCUGGGCAAGAACCCUCUCCCGGCCAAGACCCUCUAAUCAGCAAAGACCUCCCUGCCUUCCAGGAACCCCCUGCCCAGGACCUUCCGCCCUGUCAAGACCUGUCCCCCGGCCAUACCCCCCUGGCAGCUCAGCCCCUUGCUGAGGAGACCACGAGCUCUGGGGACCCACCAGCAGCCACAGGGAACCCGCCCAUGGCCUCCAAGCCGAACUUCGUGAUCCCCGAGGUCCGGCUGGAUAGCACCUACAGCCAGAAGGCAGGGGCGGAGGGGGGCAGCUCGGGCGACGAGGAGGAUGCAGAGGAGGCCGAGGAGGGGGAGGAGGAUGAGGACGAGGACACAAGUGAUGACAACUACGGAGAGCGUGGGGAGGCCAAGCGCAGCAGCAUGAUCGAGACGGGCCAGGGUGCCGAGGGCGGCCUCUCGCUGCGCGUGCAGAACUCGCUGCGGCGCCGGACGCACAGCGAGGGCAGCCUGCUGCAGGAGAACCGUGGGCCCUGCUUCUCCUCCGACACCACCCUGCACUGCUCGGAUGGCGAGGGCGCCACAUCCACCUGGGCCAUGCCUUCCCCCCGCACCCUCAAGAAGGAACUGGGCCGCAAUGGAGGCUCCAUGCACCACCUUUCCCUCUUCUUCACAGGACACAGGAAGAUGAGCGGGCCUGACACAGUAGGGGACGAUGAUGACACCUCCCGGAAGAGAAAGAGCAAAAACCUAGCCAAGGACAUGAAGAACAAGCUGGGCAUCUUUAGGCGGCGGAACGAGUCCCCUGGGGCCCAGCCAACGGGCAAGACAGACAAAGUGAUGAAGUCAUUCAAGCCCACUUCAGAGGAAGCGCUCAAGUGGGGCGAGUCCUUGGAGAAGCUGCUGGUCCACAAGUAUGGUCUAGCGGUGUUCCAGGCCUUCCUCCGCACUGAGUUUAGUGAGGAGAACCUGGAAUUCUGGCUGGCAUGCGAGGACUUCAAGAAGGUCAAGUCACAGUCCAAGAUGGCGGCCAAGGCCAAGAAGAUCUUUGCUGAGUACAUCGCCAUUCAGGCGUGCAAGGAGGUAAACCUGGACUCGUACACACGGGAGCACACCAAGGACAACCUGCAGAGCGUCACUCGGGGCUGCUUCGACCUGGCGCAGAAGCGCAUCUUUGGGCUCAUGGAAAAGGACUCGUACCCACGCUUCCUCCGCUCGGACCUCUACCUGGACCUCAUUAACCAGAAGAAGAUGAGUCCCCCGCUUUAGGGGCCACGCGGGUAGAGCUCAGUGUUCACACCAGGCGGGCUGGGCCCCUUCCCACCUGCCUCCCUCCCCCCUGCGACAGAGGGGGCAAGCAAGCCCCCGGAGGCUGCGUCCGGAUAGACAGACGGACAUUUGGAUGAGAGGCCUGGACCAAGAGAGGCCCAGGCCACUGGAGGAGUAGAGGGACUGGCCCCACUGGGUCCCCGCUGCCCUGGUACGAGGGGGCCCAAGGGCCUGGGCAGGUCAGGGGCCCGGGCUAAGACAGAUCCGGAGCUGCUGCUCCCUGCUGCAGAGACUUCGCAACGACCAAGUUCCUUAAAGAACUGGCUGGUGGGGCAGGGGCCGAGGCCUGGGCUCCAGGGCUCUUCGGGGGAGCUGCUGGGGCUCACAGCUCAGACCCCUGCCUUGAGUUUUAUUUAUUUAAACAGUAGUUGGAUGCUUGGCACGUCGUCAUGUAAUAGGAAACCUUUGCCUCGUCAGUUUUCCUACUUUACAAGUGCAAUAUUUUAACCAACGCCUUGUGAAAAAGCCGCCUUGCUGAGAAGGUGGGCACCAUAUUCCAGUUUCAGGGGAUUCACUGGUCCCGAGCCCCUGUGGCGGGCAGCUGGGCCUGCUGGACCGAUAAGGCCCAGAGGGGCGGGGGCUGUAGUCUGACCUCACACCGAAAUCCAGCCCCCCCUGAGUGAGGGGGGUCCCCCGGGGGGCUCCGGGAAAGCAUGGCACCCUCAGACCACACAACGGCCGAGUUCUGGAGCAAAUAAAAGGCCUGUGUUA